AUGGAUCUGACUGUAAACUUGACCUCCUUUCCCCUCUCCACUCCCUCCUCUUUGGAACCCAACCGCAGCCUGGGCACAGAAGACCUGCGCUCUAGUCGGCCCUUUCUCUCAGUUUUCCGAGUGCUGGUCCUGACCUUGUUGGGCUUUCUAGCCGUGGCCACAUUCACUUGGAACCUUCUGGUACUGGCCACCAUCCUCAGGGUACGCACCUUCCACCGCGUGCCACACAACCUGGUGGCGUCUAUGGCCAUCUCAGAUGUGCUGGUGGCUGCGCUGGUCAUGCCACUGAGCCUGGUGCAUGAACUGUCCGGACGCCGCUGGCAGCUGGGCAGGCGCCUGUGCCAGCUGUGGAUCGCAUGUGACGUGCUCUGCUGCACAGCCAGCAUCUGGAAUGUGACAGCCAUAGCCUUGGAUCGCUACUGGUCUAUCACACGCCACCUGGAGUACACACUCCGUGCCCGAAAGCGCACCUCCAACGUGAUGAUCGUGCUCACCUGGGCACUCUCUGCUGUCAUCUCUCUGACCCCGCUGCUCUUCGGCUGGGGAGAGACAUACUCUGAACUCAGCGAGGAGUGCCAGGUCAGUCGUGAACCUUCCUACACCGUGUUCUCUACGGUGGGCGCCUUCUACCUGCCGCUGUGCGUGGUGCUCUUCGUGUACUGGAAGAUUUACAAGGCUGCGAAGUUCCGCGUGGGUUCUAGGAAGACCAACAGCGUCUCCCCCGUUCCCGAAGCUGUGGAGGUGAAGGAUGCUACACAACAACCCCAGAUGGUGUUCACUGUCCGCCAUGCCACCGUUACCUUCCAGACAGUAGGGGAUACAUGGCGGGAGCAGAAGGAGCAGAGGGCAGCCCUCAUGGUGGGCAUCCUAAUCGGGGUGUUUGUGCUCUGCUGGUUUCCAUUCUUUGUCACCGAGCUCAUCAGUCCCCUGUGCUCCUGGGACAUCCCUGCCAUCUGGAAGAGCAUCUUCCUGUGGUUGGGAUAUUCCAACUCCUUCUUCAACCCACUCAUCUACACAGCCUUCAACAGGAGCUACAGCAGUGCUUUCAAGGUCUUCUUCUCUAAGCAACAGUGAGGGGCCGUAUGGGAAUGCCUUCUCCCCAUAGCUCAGUGGACUGUCCUGUCCCAUGAACCUCUGCAGCCAGCCCAGCA